AUGUACGAGGCUCCCUACCCUCCUUACGACCCCGUCGACACAUCAGGUUUCUCUUAUCAAACAGUGGUCAAGCGAUGGCCCGUCAUAUUGACCGGAAUCAUUGACACAAUCUAUCGCACUAAUCACGACCUGUCAUUGUCGUCUGAUCCUGACAUGUCCAAACUUGGCGAUGUAUCUGCGGUGGACCAGGAAACGCGCGAAAGGAUCGAGGAAGGGAAGAGACUGAUUGAGAAGUUAAGCAAGUUGAAGUAUGAGAUGGGCAGGGAUAGGCCUCUGGAAGCUGUUCCGGAUGACGGGGAACCCUUGGUGAAGGUGUACAACGAUGAACUAGAGAAACUCUCGAGCCAAGGAAAAGGGACGUGGUUCACGGCACCUUGGCUGUAUGCUGAAUGCUACUUAUACCGUUUUCUCCGUGCCUACUUCUCCCGGACUAAGUACUGGCGUACCUUUGACCCGUUCCGAGGCCAGAAGGAAUCCACAUUUCAAGCUAGUGGUACGGCGAUAUACCAGCUUGCCACAACAAUGCAUGAAUUGGAGGCCGAAAAAUCUGCCCUGAUAUCUGAUCCGGACAAGCUGGUCAUCAUCUUCCGAGAGAUGAUUCAGAUGUGUCUAUGGGGUAAUGCUACCGAUCUAUCUCUGUUGACUCACAUGUCCCACUCGGACAUACAAGAUCUUCAGACAGUCGGCAAGGAUGCCCAAGCCGCUCGCAAAGAGUUCAUACUGAAAGAUGACCAAGAGCGUGUCUGGGAUCAUAUCAAGACCCUCUCCCCGGAUUCCCGAGUCGACUUUGUGCUGGAUAAUGCUGGUUUUGAGCUUUUCACAGACUUCGUUUUCGCCGACUUUCUCGUAACAUACACGCCUUACGUUUCUCGCGUCGUUUUCCAUCCAAAAAUCAUUCCCUGGUUUGUCUCCGAUGUCACGCCCACCGACUUCAAACAAACCUUCGCCUCCCUUCUCUCUCCCGCAUUCUUCCCUUCAUCUCCUACUGCCUCCUCGAAGCCAUCACCUUCACAACAGCACCUACACGCCAUGGUGCUCCGCUGGCAAUCGUACCUCGAGAACGGUAUAUUCGCUCUCUCUGUUCCGCUUGAUACACCAUUAGGCGGCGACGUCACCGUGGGUACAAAUGGACAGAAGAAUGUGGUCGUGAAUUUGGAGAAGAAUGGUGUCAAUGAAGCAAGCUUUUGGACGGGUCCAUGGCCAUAUUGGGAUAUGAAGGAAUUGGCUCCAGAGCUUUGGACAACGUUGAGUGAGAGUGGUCUUGUCAUUUUUAAGGGAGACCUCAACUACCGAAAGUUAACCGGUGAUAUCAAGUGGCCUGUCUCCACGCCCUUCGAGAUCGCCGUUGGUCCACUCGCCGGCUCAUUCCCUCUUCUCAGCCUGCGAACCAAUAAAGCAGACGUGGCAGUUGGUGUACCUCAAGCUGUGGCAGACGAGCUGGACAAGAAGGGCGAGAAAUGGAGAGUCAGUGGAAAAUACGCGCUAGUAUCGUUCAUUCCCAAAGGAUCUCAAGCAUAG